AUGACCAAGGAUAGAUUGGCAGCCCUUGUUGCGGCCCAAAGUGACGAUGACGAUGUUGGGCCCGACGAUGUCGCUGUCAAUGUCGAAGGACGUGACGGCUUCAUGGACGCGUUUUUCCAAGAGGUGGAGGAGAUACGUGAUAUGAUAGACAAAAUUCAAGCAAAUGUAGAGGAAGUGAAAAAGAAACACAGCUCCAUUCUGUCGGCGCCUCAGAGUGAUGAAAGUAUUAUUUUUGGUGAUAUUCUAACUUUAUAUAUAGUUCCUAGUAUCCCCAAAGCCUCAGAUAAAAAAAAUAAUAUAAAUUAUAAUUUUAAAAGGCAGGUGUCUCUCAGACCCCUUAGUACCGUUUAUGACCUAAAAGUCGUACCAAAACUGUAUAAAUGUUCCAUUGAUUACCGGCGAAGAGGAUGCUUUGACUAUUAUGGCAAAUUUAAUGGCAAUAAUGCACAAAAACUACUAAAGUCGAUUGCUGUAUUGAAAACUUUGUCAUUAGACAAUGAAUAUAUACCCGUAUUUGAGGCGUUCAAUCAAGUAGUUUCUGGCUGCUUUGGCCAAAACUUAGGAGAUGAAUAUAAAGACUACAUAAAAAAAUUUAAACUAAAAUCAUCAAAAGCUGUAAUUACAUGUACACCAAAGAUCCAUGCUCUCAUUUAUCAUGUUCCUCAAUUUAUUGAAGAAACGCAAAGAGCCCUUGGUUUCUUCUCAGAGCAAGCAUCGGAGCAAGUUCAUCAUUCAUUCAAUAUAUUUUCCAGGAAUUUUAAUUUAUACAGAAAUAACUUAGAAAAAUAUAAUAUAAUUUUGAUUCAAUGUCUUUGUGCAUACAAUAGUCAACAUCUGUAG